AUGGGUCGGGAAACGAGAGGAGCUCGGGUCCCGAGUACCAGCGAUUUCCUUUGGCUCACGAUGGCGAUCUUGAGUUGCUUGUGUGUACAGUCGUCGCUAUCCAGUGAUCUUGUUCAUUCGGUCGUGCUGAAGCCGGACGUUUUCGUGGUGCACUGGACACCGGACGAGACCCACAUCACAUUCGAGAUCGUCGCCCGCACGCACGGGUUCGUCGGGCUCGGUUUCUCCACCAACGGCCGCAUGCAGGGCGCUGACUUCAUGAUCGGCUGGGUCCAGGAAGGGAUUCCUUUUGUCCAGUGGGACCGAUGUUAUCGAUCGGGUUAUUCGUCGAAACUUGCUGAAUCGAUUGCGAUGAAUUGUCACCAAAUCCUUACGGGAGCCUGUAAUGCAGGCGACCGUACCUUCUCCGUGGGCAGUGUGGAAGGCGUGCCUUUCACGGCUUAUGCUGGUGGAUGCAACAUAGUGAUUCUAGCUUCCAACUUCGAACGAGUUCAGAUUAUCCCGGGUGUGAUACAUGAAAAUGUUCAAAUCACGUGCAUUGAUUGCUCUACGGAUACCGGAAAAAUCGCAGCAGCGUAUGGAGACAAGAUAUGCAUCUUCGAACCAGUCCCACUGAUCAAUCACAAUCCUCGUCAUAAUGGUCAAGCCGGAGUGAUCGGAAAGGGAGUAGCUCUGCCGAAGGGUUCUGAAUCCGGUCCUGUCCCAAACUUGCCGUCUACAUAUUCUGCGCACGAUUUUCAUUCUUACAUCGGCAUAAAUUCGUGUUCAGCUCCUGUCAUUCAUUUUCAUCUCGCGGGAAGCAUUAAUGCCGAAACGGAUAUACCGCUGGUCCCGAGCAUGAAGGGAAACCCGAACACAGACUCUGGAAAGGAGCCCGAGUUCGUUGUACACUGGUUGAACAAUAAAGAAAUGCACUUCACGGCUGAAGCUGAGAGCAUUUUGCUCGACCUGGGAAAGAAAGCAAUAGAAGAAGAAAUAGUGAAACCUCCUGUCGGAAAGGAUGGGGCUGUGAGUGACUCAGACUCCACGUGUGGCCCUGAUAGCGAUGCUGUCCAGAGUGAACUGGGAAGUCCUCGAAAACUGGGAUCAGUUCGCAGUCCGAGCGAAGCCGGGGACGCUGAUCAAUUGGCUGGAAAGAACAGCUCUGCGACAUCCACGGUUUCGGGUGCUAUAGGUUCGAAUGAUGUGAACAUCCCAAAAAUGAGCAGCGGUACGAAUUUGCUUGGUGAUGCUCUUGAUCGCAAGAUCGAGCUGCUUCUUCGAGAUUGGCAUCAUUCUCCAGAUCUGCUCUUCGCUAUCCAUCCCGUUGAUGGUAGUUUUCUUAUUUUCUUCGACCACAGGCUGGUGGAUAAUGUUGAUGAGAUUCAACCAAACGGUUAUCGUCAACCUCAGGUGUCCUUCGCCUGCCGUAUUCCAAACGCCCUUCCGCUCGGUGAUGCUGCGAGCAUGUCUCCAAAUGUUGCACUCUACUCAGAUCAUCUCCUGUUGGACUUGAAACACGCCCUUGGAUUGGACAUAUCACUUCCGAAAGCACCUAAGGGAGUCGAGAAACCCGUGCCUGACCCUAGCACUGUGACUGUGGAAGAAGAUACUGACCGCGAUCAACCCUCUGAUUCCACUUGCGGUGACGAAGACGACGAUGGGAGCGGUUUGGGGUUGUCGAAAAAUACCUCGCCUACAAUUUCCAUGCUUUCUAAGCAUGUGAAUGGCAGUUUGAACUUGUGGCGGGUGACAUUCGGAGAAGGCUCUCAGUACUCUCAAGUUCUGAGUAUUGGGCAUGUUUCUCGAGUUUGUGGUCAUAGAUUCCGGGUAAACUACAUAGCAUGCCAUCCGGCGCUAUCGUUGUUGGUUUCAACUUCGCAUCACAACACACCCAUAGACUCUCCACGGCGCAACAGCGCACCUGUUCUAACGAAAGAAAUUCCGACAAGCCCUGAGAAACCGAGACUGAGUUUGAGGGAGAGUCUCCUGACAAAAGCCAUUGUCUCAAAACUAAGACCGGACGGUAAAAGGAGCGAUCCUGCGGUGUCCUUUCACAACGGUCAUGGAAGUGAUGGCUUUUGUUCCGAGUUGAUCUUAUGGAAAGUGGAUCCUGUUGGCCCGUUAUCAAAAACCGGAGGUGUAACCGAACUUGCACGAUUGACGUCUCCACAGCCCUCGGCGUUUUCGAAUUGUGCUUGGAUACCGACAUUAUUGCCGAGUGCCACGUUGGGAAGUAUUUCCAAUUCCCCGAGCGGCUGUUUUGUUGCCUCAGAUGGUACAUGUUUGCGUGUUUACCAAGCUGUGAUAGACGCUCGUUCUCUCCUGGCUGAAAUUACUCUUGCCGAACGCAAACGGCAACGCUGGCCAUCUGGUAGCAGCGGUAGUUCGACUACUCUUAGCGGCAAAGAUGGGAAAGAGAAUAUCACUGACGCGAUCAACAUCGUCUCUCAGCAAUCCACUGCCCGUCCGGGAUGUAUUAUUCAAUUGGAUGCGAUCGCUGAUGCCACUCAUGAUUGGCAAAACACGGAGUUUCUGCAUGUGUUUCAAGAGCAGCUGAUAACUGGUGAACGACCUGGUUCACGCAAAGGCCUUAAUGACAGCGGUAUCAAUUCUACGGGAAUGGGACUGAUAGAUCCAAAGGACGACGUUUUUGUGGAUUUGGAACAGUCCGCAAUGUUUCACGAACCGUUCUAUGUUAUUCUCAUCGAAGGGACUCCCAUUGGAUCCAUUUUGCACAUGUGGAAACUAAUUAUCUCCUCUCAGCCGUCUUCAGAUGACGGAAAUGCCAUCUAUACCGAUUCUUGUGGUGUAGAUGCGGAUGGGGUUGGCAUCUCCUGUUCGUCGCCACGACAAUCGCAUGAAGAUGGACGAGGAAGAUCAGCUUGUCCCGUUUUAAUUUCAACGGAAAAAGUAUGUACACAGCCAUUGGCUCUUCCGCGGGGAACGACAAUUAUUCAUGCUGCUCCGGUUGCUGGACACCUUUCAUCGGCAUCUAUUUAUCCGGCUUGUUUUGCUCCUUAUCUGAUCGUAACUGCGUGUUCCGACAACACAGUGAGAUUUUGGAAGUGCGAUUUUGCGGGUGACGAUUGCAUUUCUUGGAAAGAGUGGAAUAUGUCCGGUAAAGAUGGAAAAUCGAGACUGUCGAUACCCGGCACUCCGUUGAACGUAUCUGCUGCAUACACUGGGCGAGUAGCAUGUGCGUAUCAACUCGCCAAGUUGAUGGCUCCUGAUGACGAAGAUUUCAGUCGUCUUGUGAAUCUCUGUGUCGCAAUCUAUGAAUGUGAAUCUACAGGUGAGACCUUCAGAGGGUUGAUCGCGGUACCAAGUUACAGCACCCUGCAAACUUUAAAGCGCUCUAUUAUUGAGAAGGGUAAUAUUGUACCUGUACCACAGAAGAAGCAUUUGAUGCAAAUCGAUUGGGUGUCGCGGGAGGAUGGAUCUCACCUUUUGACGAUUGGAGUUGGGAGCAAAGUCCUUAUUUUCACUCCGAUUUCAAGUGACGUUGCUCAGUCAAAUUUGGCUGCCAUGAAAGAAAGCCAAACGCAGUAUAGACCUGUGCUGAAGAAAGCGUCAUCAAUGGUUUCUUCUCCCUUUCCGCUGGAUGAAAUUCGGUGGAUGAAAGUGCGUGAAGUUAUGUUGCACUCAGCGGAUGGACUUCCUGCGCUUCCCAUGCAUACUUCUUGGGUUCGUGAUGGAAUACUGGUUGUUGCAAUGGACAGCGAAAUGCACGUCUACUCUCAGUGGAAACCUCGUUACGUUCAAGAUUCCAGUCAAGUGGAAAUUCAAGGUGGUGAUGACAUGAUGAAGUCGCGCUGUCUAACCGAGAGCGAUUUGCGAAGUUUGGCGCAGGAGUCAGCCCAGCGGCGUCUUGCCCAUGUUGGUUCAUUAGCAAAUCUUCCGCGGACCGUUUCAAUGGCGAAAAAUGUCCAAGGACAAGCUAUACAUUUGUCAGAAAUCACAAGAAGAAAAAUGAAGCUUCAUGGUGUUGUUGGAGUCCAAGAAUCGCAUAGAGUCAUGCAGGAUGAGCUACCAGACUUCGGAUUAUUUGAAGCAAGUCGAAUUGUGUGCCCUGUGCUGCCCCAAUACCAUCCGAAACAGUUGAUGGAACUUCUGAAUUCGGGCAAGAUACGUAGAGUGAAAGCAAUCUUGGCCCAUCUUGUGCGUUGCAUCACAAGUGCUGAUGGUGUUGCACAUGCGCAUUCGUCGCGACGUGCGUCGGAGGAAAAUUCGGAGCACCGACGUCGAAGCUGGUCUCGGUCAAGAGCACUAUCAGUUUCCGGACCCUCGGGUGGAGGUCGGGGUAUUGCUACGGACACCGUCGUUCCUGAAGAGCUCACCUUAGACUACGUGGAAAUCAGCUCUAUCCCUCCAUUGCCACUUUGGGUGCUCCUGCAAGCAGAUUCUGAAACUGGCCCCGCCGGUCCAGGCGUUAAUCAAGGAACGAAUGCAAAUGUUCGUGAGGCUGACGCGAAGAAAGAUUAUUCUGACUUAUUCAACACCGAAGUGACGAACACUGAUGAUGACAACCUAGAUGAACUUCUGUCAGAUGACGUUGAAGAUUACGGCAACCGUGGUCCUGACUCGCGUCGGAGGUCCUUAUCCGCGGAUCGUCGAGGAUUCACUAACUUCGGGCCUCGAGAAGCUAGGGUGUUGAGUCAGCUUCUGACUCACACUCACUUACCUGGUCUAUCAAGUUUAGAUCAGAUGCAUUUGUUGGCUUUGGCUGACACCGUCGCGUCGUGCAACCUUAAUUUUGCCGAAAGAUUUGCCAUUGAUGUAGCUUCUGCUAAAAUCGGUCGAGAUGGCAACGCGGCGACUCCUGGAGUUGCCCUUCAUCAAUCUGUCGACGAUUGUGGACUAAGGUUUCUUUUGGCCAUGAAACACCAUUCUUAUCUUAUGCGCUGUCUCCCCAUUGCGCAAAGAGCUGUUCUUCAGAAACAGGGCAUGACAACAAAUACUUUGGUUUGGGCCUUCCAUUCUGAAAGCGAAGAAGAAAUUUUACAAACAAUUCCAUCGUAUACUCGAGGUGACAUAAAAUGGGCUGAUCUCCGAGAAAUCGGAGCUGGUUGGUGGCUUAGAAACCACACGGCUUUGCGGCGAUGUAUCGAAAAGGUUGCUAAAGCCGCAUUCCAGAAUAAGCAGGAUCCUCUGGAUGCGGCGAUUUUCUAUUUGGCAAUGAAGAAGAAGUCAUUAUUAUAUGCAUUAUACAAAUCUAUACGCGAAACAAAGAUGGCGGAGUUCUUCGCAAAUGAUUUUAAUGAUCCAAGAUGGAGCAAAGCAGCACUCAAGAACGCCUACGCUUUACUCGGUAAACAAAGAUUCGAACAUGCAGCCGCAUUUUUUCUGCUUGGAGGAGCACUGAAUGAUGCUGUUCAGAUUUGCGUUACCAAGCUCCACGACCUGCAACUUGGCAUGGUUUUAUGUCGGCUGUUCGAUGGAGAACGAGAAAAGACGCCACCAUCUCUUCGUCGAGUUCUGAAUGAGGAGAUUUUGGGAUGCGAUGCACAAGGAAAAAACCAAAAUCUGGAUCGCGCACAUGCAAAUCCGAGUGUCUUCAACUUUUAUACGUAUCUGCGUACCCACCCGCUGAUUAUUCGUCAGCAUCUUGCGAACUCGACGCGAGACACCAGCUUGAUCGGCUUCGGGAGCUCUGGCGGAGCGCCAUUGUUCGAGGAAUGCAUCACGUCGGUGGAGCGUAUGUUAUAUUUUACAACAGCUCACGCUCACUUCAGAGCGGGCUGUCCCGCGUUGGCGCUGGAGGUACUCUCAAAGUUGCCAAAUUUGGUUGUUGUUGACGAAGAAGGCACAAUCGUAGCAGGAUUGACAAGGGGGAAAAGCAUCGGCGACGAGCCACGACUUGUGCAUCAGAAGAGUAUCGCCACCGGAAACUUGGAUGACGAAGACCUUGCUCGCACUGAUGCCAUCGAUUGGUCCGCACCGAGUAUCAAGAAAGAAGAGGAGUUGGUUCUUGAGUGGAGCGAUGGCGAAUCUGACGAAGAUCAUGAGGGCAUACAAUUUCCGAAAGAGGAAAAGAAGAAAAUCCUAGAGGAAUCUUCGAAAUUAUCGGCGAUUCCUUCUGACCGCAGCCAGAGAAAGUCCGGAAAAUUUGAUAUAAUGGCGCAACAGCUGAAGUUCAUUGCAUGCUUGCAAAUAUUGAUGGAAGAAUUGAGCACGCUUGCAACCGGAUGUGAAGUUGACGGUGGACAACUUCGGUUCCAGCUCUAUGUUUGGCUUGAGAGAGAAGUACACGCUUUGCGUCAGCUAUGCAAUUACAACGAAGAUCUGGAAGAUACUUCGGAGUGUGAUGAAACGCUUGGUGAGAUGGACGGAUCUAGAGGCUAUCCGAUGAACGGAAUCGCGGACAAACCUACUCUACAUGAAAUAUUGUUAGCGGAUAAAGCGGAUUUCGAGGCCAAGAUUGAACGUGCUGUAAAGCGAAAACAGUGGCUGCGAGCAAAUCAAACCCUUCUAAGAACGCUGCAAAGUUACUGUAGCCUACACGGUGCCUCAGGUGGCGGGCUUGCUUCUGUCAGAAUGGAGCUUGUCCUACUGUUGCAGGAGCUCCAACAAGAACGUGCGAUAAGUGGAUUAGGGGCUGCACAGAAUCAUCUUUCAUCGCCGCUUCCCUUGCCAACAACUUUGCCCCUGCUUGCUGCGAGUGUGGCACCGGAUAAGACUGUGGUUUAUGACCCCAUCAAGCACCUGCAGUCUCUUGCUCACGACCUGCUCCAGGCGUCGGUGGAAAUUUUUCAUGUUCCUAUCCCCGGAACAGUUGACUUUCCGCGGAUGUUCGUCAUGAGAGAUCUCUCUAUAGCCUUGUCAUCUUGUGUUUAUCAAUGCUUAUGUGACUCGGAUUCAUUCGUCGUUAAGCAACAUCGGAGCGGCCUUGCGGGAGCUGCUCUGGAAUCUCUUCUACAAAAGGGUGUUGUUUAUCAAAAUGCACACUUGACAGCGGGGUUAUGGAAGAAGAAAGCGAACGAAGAAGCGCUCCAUGUAACAACAGCUCCGAACAAGUGGCCAGGUGUAACGUCGCUGAGAGCAUUGCUGGCACGGGAGCGCGAUGAAGACGCGCCAAAACUAAAUGUUUUACUGUGUGAAUCGUUCGUCGCUGUCUACGUCAGCCUUUUUGUGUUCGGCUUGGCGACUUGUGACUGUCACGUGCUCUAUCGUCUCAUUGCUCAGGAUUUCACUGAGACAACGUGGGCCGCCCUUUUCGGUGGAGGCGUGAAAAAGCUUAUCAAAGUUUCAACCUCAAACUCCUCGAUUCUCCCCCAGACGAGUAUGAAAGAGGACUCCCCGGGUGUGAACUCGGAUCAGGAUUCUGGAAUCCUGUCGUCGCUUACGAAACAGAGGCUAAAAUUGAACAUGCGUUUGUUAAGCUUCAGUGGUCAGCAGCACACCUCACUCAAGCAAGCCAUGAAAGAGGAUAGACCUACGUACCGAGAGCAUUUUGUUCCGCCGGAAAUGUCAUUCCUGGCGUUACUCAUGAGCAAGCCGAAUUUGAAGGGCGAUAAAGCUGAUAUCGACUAUGAUUCCACUGUUGGAUCUGAAGCGUCGGACUCGGAAUCUAAUGAAGAGGACGACUUCGAAGAGGAUGUGUUCAAGGAGCCCAUACAGAAGAAACCUGAUUCGAAUUCCGAGAACACGGAGCAUCUGGAUCCGUAUUCAUACUCGUGGGGAAUCCUUCGCUGUGCCAUUGUAAAAAUGGCUCAGGACUAUUUGACGAAAUUCCUGAAUGUGGCCGGAUUUGAACUACAAGAGUUGCCUGUUGCGAGCCCUCUAAUGCAUACGGUGUUGCGAAUUUUGCAUCAUUGGUCCAAAUCUUGCAAGGAAUAUUUGGAUGCAUGCAAUGGUCCUCCCGAGGGUUACAUUCCUGGGUGUUACAUAGACCGAGCAGCCGGUGGCCCAGCCAUUUCCAAAUAUAAAACCAUACUGGACCCGAAGAACACCCCUUUUCCGAAAAGUUCACAUACAAAUGUUCGAGCCAUCAAGCGUUUGUGGAUGUAUUUGGUUCAUGAGGAAUCUGUUCAAGAAGUUUUUAUUCGGUACAUAUUCUCUACACGUCAUCGCAAUGCUUUCCCGACGAUUUCAAUGAGUGACUCCACUUUGUUGAUCGGCGACGAGGCGUCGAAUACAACUGUGACGCAGGUGACAGGCUCGAACCGCCGCUUGGACUUCCCAGAUGCUCCUCCAGUUCCGGGCCCAGUGAAAGUUAUUCAUAAAGAACAUGACUCCAUUUCCGCCUUCUGCAUCAGCAAAACGAACCCGGGUGUCAUGGCACUGGCUACGCUAAAGGAGAUUCAGGAACUGGAUAUUGCCCUGUUGCUUCAGGCACCAGCAUGGCUCGAGGAUGAAUGCGAAUUCGACAUCUUGAAUCUUCAUAGAGAUGCGGAGAGUUUGCCCUCAUCGAAUUACCUGGUUAUUUCCGAACGUCCUUCGGCAUCUCAGCUAAGUCUUGGAGGAUCUGGUACACCUGUUGGCCCACCUGGUAUUUCUUCAUCGGCCUCUUCGAACCAUCCUUUAAGCAUGGCGGCUGGAGUUUCAGCAUCCGGUCAAAAUCUCGGGGCCCAGAAUCAAGCCUUGAAUCAAACAGGGCGUGGGAGCACUGUGCUGAGGCAUCAUAAAAUAGACAACGUGAAGCGUCUUAGUGCGCAUCCACUUCUUCCAUUAUAUCUGAGUGGUUCCCAAGAUGGAUCUGUCAGUCUUUGGGAAUGGGACCAUGCAACCCCUAUUUCACAGCCAAGAUCGGCAGGCGCUUAUGCCAAAGUCACGCGUGUGCGUUUCAGUCAACAUGGUAAUAAGUUCGGUGUUUCCGAUUGCGAUGGAAAUGUUAGCUUGUGGCAGCUGGGCCUUAAUUCGGUUGUCACUCGGCCGUUCUAUACGGUUCAAUGCCACAGCAAGCAAACGAACGACUUCGCUUUCAUCGGUGGAAAUAGCUUGUUCGCCUCCGCUGGUCAUGGAUCUGAAAAUCGAAAUGUUUGCCUGUGGGAUACUUUGCUGCCGAUAAAGCGCUCUUUAGUGCAAACUUUCUCAUGCCACGACCAGGGCUGUUUGUCUCUAACAUAUGCUCCGCAGCAUCAGUUGCUCAUUUCGGGUGGAAAGAAAGGGGAUGUGUGUUUGAUCGAUGUUCGACAGCGGAGUGUGAGGCAUACAUUUCCUGCUCACAAUUCUGCAGUCAAGGCCGUUGCGUUAGAUCCGAAUGAAGAAUUUUUCGUCACCGGAUCCGCAGAUGGAGACAUCAAGGUUUGGGGCUUGACGAUGCACAGUAUGGUUUACGCGUUCCCAGGGGAGCAUGCCAGGUCGUCGUUCUUCAAAGCUCAAGGUCAAGGUGUGACGCAGCUACAUGUCGACUUCAAUGGCCGGCUUUUCUCGUGCGGCGCAGACGGUUCUCUGAAGCUGAGGCAUUUGCCCGUUCACAACUCCCUGUUCAUGUGA